CUCGUUUUCUUUACUUCUUCCUUUUGUGCUUCUAGCUUGGAAUGUCGAGCCCAUUAGACAAGAAUGCCAAUCUCUCUGGCGAAGCUGAAGUCUCCAAUUGUGUCACCAAUCUCAUACAUGCCUUCACCAAUGGCCUCGACAUCUUCAAGCGUCUUCGAGAACGGCGCCGCAGGCGGAAGGAACGUAAGAAAGAAGCUCAUUUCGACUCAGCGUCCAGUGCUGAGCUGCAGCUCUCGAACUCCUUAAGACGAGGCCCAGCCGACAUUGAAUCAAGCUAUAAGAACCACUAUAGUAAGGCUGGGGAUCAGUUUGCAAAGGGCGAUGCGAUCGCUCAUGCUUCCCUUGCCGAAACCCUCAUAAAGUUAAACACCGGUCUUGUAGGGAUCAUCGCAGCAUUUUUGAACCAUGACUCCAAAUCCAGCCAUCUCAACCUUGACUACAAAUCAUUGACGAACCUCUCUGAUGCGUCCAGAGCUGAGGCUGUCGAGUCACUCAACCAGCUAUAUCAACGACUAAGUCACUCCCAACUCCAGGUCUACAGAAUUGGUGGAUGUCCCCGGUGCGGAAGCAUGAAACACCAAGUUUGUAUGGGAACUGUUGGAGGGAACGGACAUACGCCGAAAGGCAAAGGACACCAGGCCAAGAGAAAGAACGCUGGUUCGAAGUCACGUUCAAACGUUCCAACCAUCACCCGGGUACCCGUUAAGAAGUCAAGUCAGACUCAGUUAGCUGUUGUCAGACCCAGAAAUCGCCGGACAAGCUCCUCGAGUAGUGCAAGCUCGACUAGAUCUCCCUCUACGGCGCUUAGCUCAACAUGUCCCUCUCCACUAAACUCACCAUUACCCCAAUACGCACCUGUGGAUCCGUUGCUGGUUCAAUCUCCAAAUGUAGGAGUAUUACCCAAGAUCGGCAGAAGAAGAGCGGGCUCAGUCGACGAACCGCGACCGACAACUUGGCCUCACAUGAGGCCUGAUAACACAAUGCCGCUUCAGCUACCUCCUCCCAAAGUACCCAGCCCGCGGAAGGGUCCGCUGCCGAAAGAAAAGCAUUCUCCUUCUUCUCCUGUAGUAGGGCCUUCUAAACGUCGAACUGACAAGGCAACCCCAUCGACAUAUACUUUUGCAUCCGAUAGUACUAAGCUAGGCGAGAUUCCGCAGCGAAACUGGACGACGCCAUGGGACUACGAAGAGGCAGAUCGUUUGAAUGCGGAUGUGCUGGUCAAUGGAUAUCCUCAGCCGGCUGGGGAGAGUAAACCUAAAGUUAAGAAAGGGCUUUUCGGUUUCUUGAGGCGUGGAACUUGGGACACUUCCUAGGAUCGUUUUCACUCGCUCAGGUUAGUUGGCACACACGCCCCUUUUGCUUUAGAAUUUCGCGCAUUUUCGGACGAUGCUUGUCCUGGUUUAUGACUGAUGAUACCACAUGAUCUAUGCUUCCUUGUUCCUAAAACCGAUUUAUAUAUACCCGCAUCA